UUCGUCUCUCGCGUAAAUUGAAAUUUUACUUGUAACGUAAUUGUAAGGCCAAGAUUAAAUUAUAAAAAGUUUACUUUCUAGUUUAUGUGAACUUUCAAAUAAUAACUAACAUAGUCGUCUGUUGGUGCUCGCGUAGCUGUGAUUUUUAUACGAUUUUAUAACGAGGCGAGAAUUGUAAUUGUGAAUGUAUUGUGUACAAGUUAUGAAAACGAUGCAAUCGUGACGGGUUGAUAUUUCACUAGAAAUUGUGUGGCUGCAAAAUUGUAUAACAUAUUUUUUGAGUGGCGUUAAGAAGAAAAAUAAAGAAAGAAGGCACAAAGGCGAGAGCAAGCGUAAAACGAUAUACGAGAGACAAAGCUGCACCACAAAUGGCAAUCGCAGCCCGGCGCUGUCGUCAUCUUUGCCAACAACAACAACAACCAACAGCAGCAGCAGCAGCAGUCGCAGCAGCAGCACAAAAAAAGCAUCAGCGAUGCGACAGCAGCAGCAACGACAGCAAUAAGUCUUUGCCGCAUUAGUGUCCGUCUCCAUCGUCUUCGCCAUAAUGCCAAGUGCUCUCUAUCAACCACUUGCAACGCUUGUGGGCGAUGAGGAAGACCAAGAUGACCAAGAACAGCUGCAUUAUUACUAUCAGCAUCCACAGCUUUCCGCCGGCGAAAAGCUGCCGCCGCCCACAUUGGGAACGCGUCGCAGUCGCAGCAUUGCGGGCAACAGACGUCGCGUUUGGCUGCUACUUCUCGUGCCCUGCUGCAUUGUGUUCUUCUACUUUAUGUUUAGUCCUCAGUCGCUGGGCCUGGGCAAUAAUAACACCAACUGGGAUGCUGUCGACGACUAUUUGCCACACAAUGGCAUAGAUAGUACAAAUACGCACGCUCUGAAUGAAUCUCUCAUGAUCUGCAGUGAGAGUCAUGAGGAUCGACGCCUUUUUAUGCAAGAUAAGCCGCGUAGCGCCUACGCUCAGCUGCCUGUGAUCUAUUUUGUAACGCCCACAUAUCCAAGACGCGAGCAAAUACCGGAAUUAACGCGUUUGGCCCAUACGCUGCUGCAUGUGCCACGCCUCCAUUGGCUGGUGGCCAACGAUCGCGAUCGUUGUGAUAAGUUUCUAGACAAUAUGCUAAAUAAGUUUGGCAUACCCUUUACUUAUUUGGCGAGUCCUAUGCCAAGUAAAUUUCGUAAUACUAAGCCUGCGCCCAGGGGCGUGGCCAAUAGACGUGCCGCCUUGCAGUGGCUGCAUCAACGUAAUCUCACAGCCGGAGUGCUUUAUUUUGGUGAUGAUGACAAUACCUAUGAUCUGCGACUCUUUUCGGAAAUUCGACAGACGCAACGUGUCUCCAUGUUUCCAGUUGGACUGAUAGCCGAAUAUGCAGUCAGCGGCCCCGUAGUGCGUAAUGGUAAAGUGGUGGCCUUUUUAGACUCUUGGGUGGCGGGACGACGUUGGCCUGUGGACAUGGCUGGCUUUGCUGUUAACUUGGCCUACAUGUCGCAAUAUCCUAAUGUUAAUAUGCCCUUUAAGCCGGGCUAUGAGGAGGAUCUCUUUCUACGCAGCAUUGGACUGCGCAUUGAUCAAAUUGAGCCCAAGGGCAAUAACUGCACUGAGAUUCUCGUUUGGCAUACACAGACUAAGAACAAAAAGUCACCAACUGUGCGCAUUGACAGCGCCCUAUUGAACGAUCGCUUUAAUCUAGGCGCGCUCUUUCACUCACUCAAAGUGAUGGGCGUGGCCAGUGCUUCAGAUACUGAAGGUCCACGCGCAGUCAUCAGCAAGAACGGCAAAGGCAAACCGCUAUCCUAUUUCCUAAGCUGAGUUGGCAGUGCCUAAAAAUUAAUAAUUGUUUUGAAAUACUCAUAGGUUUAAACAAAAGAAAAUGUUUACUUUACGUACAUUUUAGAUUGCAGCACAAUUUGUUGAAACAAAAAUAUCUCUCUCGAAAAGAACAAUGUUUAUUAAACGUUUAAGCUAGCAGUACUGUUAUUUAGUUAUAAUUUCUAAUCGUGAUUCGUUUAAUUCGAACAAAUUAAAGACACAAUUUUUUGUUAGAUCUAUAAUGUAUGUGUGUGUGUGUUUAGCUACGUUAAGGUUGUAAAUGUAGCUUCAAAAGCUUAAUUAUUGUACAUUUUCAUUUGCUAAGCAAAUAGGCAAACAUUAAAUAAUAAAACACAACCCAAGACAGACUCUCUCUUAUGUUAAGUAGCUGCAAGUCCAAGUGUUUUUAGAGAUUGCUUUUCAUGCUUAGAACUAAAGCCGCUCAUUAUUGAAAAGAUUGAAAUCAUAUCAUUAUAAUUUACACACAUACAACGAUAUUAAUUUUAAAAUGUUUAGGCGAGUCACAUAUCUGAAAGAAAAAAAAAUCACUUGUUGAAAUGGUAGUUAGCAUAUAAAUAAUGACAGUAGUUUAUAGUUGCUUUUUGUUCAUGCAAACGAUUUUGAUUAUAAGGGGCAUGGGUAUAACAAUAAUUGUAUUAAAUGUCGGUCUACAAUCAGGGAACAUGCAAAUGUGUGCGAAUUCAAUAAUGAGCCAAAUAGUAAUCAAUGUAGAACACAAUAGAGAUAGAGAUACUAAUGAGAAUUUUAAUGAUAAGCACUUAGCUUUAAGCAAAUGCUAGUUUUUCAAAGCCUUAAACUAAUAGAGUGCGUAUUUAAAUCGAAUACAGAAAAAAUAAAA